GAAAAGCCCCCUUACUAUGAAGUCAUACAACACUGUCACAGUAACCACUUUGUCGUCUGGAUCGGCAUUACGAUAACCUACACUGCAAUUCUAAUCGGUUUUCUGGCCUUUGUGUCGUACAAGACUAGAAAGAUUCGCCGCAAGGACUUUAAAAACACCAAGAAAAUAAACGUCCUCCUAUCGGUGGUGGUGAUAUCAAUGGCCGUCCUACUACCGCUGUGGUGGGUUUUCCGCAGUGUGGGAAAUACGGUCAUGAGCCGUGUGGUCAUAGUCUCUCUCUACCUGAUCAUACCCAUGUCCUGCCAGGUGUGCCUCUUCUGUCCAAAGACACUCCCACCUCUGAUGAGAAGCGUGUCGCAAUGCCUCUGUAAGAAGAGGCACGUCAACAGAGAGAGGAGAAAGUCAAGGGAGAGAAUCCUGUUUCUCCAGAAACCAGACCCGUCUCAGCUCUCUCUCACCCUAUCACAUCAGAGCACGCUAACCACUAUAGAUUCCUCCCUACUUGUUCCAUAGCUGGAUUUUCUAUGGUUUUUUGCUUUCAGUCGAGCUCAAUUGUGGAUUUAACAACACUUGGAUACAGGGCCUUUAAACACUUUCCCAUGUAUAACAAAUGUCACAAUCACCUGAAUGAGAAGCUCGUAGGUAUUUCAUUAAAUACAGAACCGCCACAACUUCGGCAUAUACCUUUGUCUGAUUACAGUGAUGAUAACCAGC